AUGGCUUCGUUUACUCUUACUUUCUCAUGCCUUGCGUUCUCGUCUUCUUCUCCCAACUCGACGAAUUCUCCUCUCUUCUUCUCCGGGGCCCCAUCCCAGUUUCGCCUCCGCAAGAAACCAAACCAAACGAGGCUCAGACUUUCAUGCAGAGCCAACCCUAAUAACAACGGUGAUAGUAGUAAUAUCAGUGAUGCCGCCCCCUCACUUUCGAGGAACAUUGACCGGAGAAACGUUCUUCUCGGCAUCGGAGGGCUGUACGGUGUUGCUAAUCUCGCCGGUACCCCUAUUGCCUCCGCCGCGGACGCCGCCAUUCAAGCCCCGGAUGUAACCAAAUGCCAUUAUCCCACGGAUUUGCCUGAUAACGCUGACGUCCCCGACACGUGCUGCCCCCCUGUGCCGGCCGUGACUAUCUCCGACUACCAGCUUCCCGCCGACGGCGGGAUGCGGACAAGGGUUCCGGCGCACUUGGUGAGCGAUGAAUUUAUAGCCAAGUACGAAGCCGCCCUUUCAGCGAUGAGGAGCUUGGAUCCUUCUCAUCCCCACAGCUUUACUCAGCAGGCCAACAUUCACUGCGCUUACUGCAACGCCGGCUAUCAGCAAGUCGAUUUCCCGUCGGAAGUGAUCCAAGUUCAUAACUCCUGGCUCUUCUUUCCCUUCCAUAGAUGGUACUUGUACUUCUACGAGAAGAUAUUGGGAAAGCUGAUUAAUGAUUCCACCUUCGCCCUUCCCUAUUGGAAUUGGGACAACCAAAGUGGCAUGGCGAUGCCCAAUAUGUUCAUGACCUCCACUUCUUCUUCGCUCUAUGAUGCCAACCGUAACGCAAACUACUUCCCUCCCGCCAUUGUUGAUCUUAAUUACGCCGGGAGUGACAGAGGUUUGACCGACGACGAACUCAUCAAUGAAAACUUAGUGGCAAUGUACCGUUCCAUGGUGACAAACGGCAGCACUUCCGACCUCUUCCUUGGACAGAAGUAUGUUGCCGGCGAUAAACCUAACCCGGGGCAAGGGUCUAUAGAGAACAUCCCUCACACUCCGGUUCACAGAUGGGUCGGCGACUCCGUGAACCAGCCGAACGGCGAGGACAUGGGCAAUUUCUACUCCGCCGGUCGAGACCCAUUGUUUUACUCUCACCACGCCAACGUGGACCGCAUGUGGGUCAUCUGGCAACAACAGCUCGGCGGAAAGAACUUCACCGACGACGCCUGGUUGGACGCUUCCUUUUUGUUCUACGACGAGAACGAGAAUCCCGUCCGAGUCUACGUCAAAGAUUGUCUUGACACCACAAAAAUGGGGUACGAAUACCAACCCUCCGCCCUCCCGUGGCUGAACAGCAAGCCCGCCGCCUCAAUCACGACCGGCGUGGCCGCCGCCUCGAAUGCGCCGUUCGUCACGGACGUGUUCCCGGUGACACUGGACAAAGUGGUCCAGGCGAAGGUGCGCAGGUCCAAGACUUCAAGAACUGAGGAAGAGAAGGAGCAAGAAGAAGAGGUACUGGUGAUCGACGGCAUCGAGGUGUCGGCGGAUCAGUACGCGAGGUUCGACGUGUACCUGAACGACGCUGCGGAGGCGGAGGGCGGGAAGGACAAGGCUCAAUACGCCGGAGGAUUCGCUCACUUGCCGCAGAAUCAGCAGAGUAGCACAAACACGACGACUUCGUUGAGGUUGGGACUGAACGAAAUGCUGGCGGACUUGGGUGUGGAAGACGAAGAUACAAUUCUGGUGACUUUGGCUCCAACCGUCGGCGGCGGCGUGGUGAAUGUCAGCAGCAUCGCCAUUGAUUAUUCUGCCAAAUAAAAAUCAGAGCUGAGCUGAGUGAUGCAUGCAUCAGCUAGUAUGUGUAGUGUUUUAUAUAUAUGUAUAUGUAUGUAUACCGGGGUUUGGUUGUCUUCGAUAAUAAUGUAAUAAUUACGUACUAAUUAAAUAGGUAUGAGGUAUUGAUAUCAGCAGCUGCGGCUGCUAGUACGUA